CGGUAGUUUCCAAUUGCACUGCUUUGGGGUUUGCAGCAAGAUCAGUUCACUGAAACCUUAAAUCUUCCAUUCAAAAUGGGAAAACAGAAGGCAGUGAUUAAAAAACUUGAAAAUACAUUCAAAAUACAGAAUCUAUUGGGAAGACAAUGUCUUGCAGAAUGUUUAGGGACGUUAAUUCUUGUGCUAUUUGGUUGUGGAGCUUUAGCACAAGUUACCCUCAGCAGGGGUACACACGGACAGUUUUUGACGGUUAAUUUUGCCUUCGGUUUUUCGGUGAUGCUGGGUGUGCUCAUAGCUGGCCAAGUGUCAGGAGCUCACCUGAAUCCUGCUGUGACCUUCGCCAUGUGCCUACUUGCCCGUGAACCCUGGAUAAAGUUUCCUCUUUACUCGUUGUCACAAAUAGUUGGUGGCUUCCUGGCGUCAGGCAUUAUCUUUGGUUUGUAUUUUGAUGCUUUGUGGGACUUUAGUGGUCAAGACAAACUAUUAGUUUAUGGUCCUAAUGCCACAGCUGGAAUUUUUGCUACAUACCCAUCUGAACACUUAAGUUCAACCAAUGGCUUUUUUGACCAGAUGAUUGGGACCGCUGCUCUUAUUGUUUGCAUCCUUACUAUAGUGGAUAAGUGGAACAACCCAGUGCCCAAGGGACUGGAGGCAUUUACAGUUGGAUUCACGGUGCUGGUAAUUGGCUUGUCGAUGGGAUUCAACUCCGGCUAUGCUGUGAACCCUGCACGAGACUUCGGACCUCGUUUGUUUACAUCAAUGGCCGGCUGGGGAGCUGAUGUCUUUACUGCUGGAAACUACUGGUUUUGGGUCCCUAUUUUUGCCCCUCUCCUUGGUUCUGUUCUCGGGAUUCUGGUCUAUCAGCUAAUGAUUGGGAUUCACCUUGAGCCUGAGGACCAGAGUUCACCGACUGGAGAAGAAAAUAUAAAACUAGCAAAUAUAAAACUGAGAGAGAAUUACUGAUGCAUUAUAGAUCACGUGUCAACUUAAUAUUAUCAAUAUCCUUGUUUUUCUCUUGCUAAAACACAAUAUUUAAAUCCUUUGAGCAUUACAUUAUUUUAACAACCUUCUUGAAAUGCUGAAGCUUUUUACAAUUUAUCCUGACGAAGUCCUGAUAUAUUUCUAUUGCCAUGAAAUAAACAGAAAUAACCAUGGACAUUUUCACAUAAGCAUAUAGUUUAAUUAUGACACAAAAACAAGUAUUUAAAAAAGCCAAACAACAGGAGUUCUGCAGAUGCUGGAAAUUCAAGCAACACACAUAAAAGUUGCUGGUGAACACA